AUGCGAUCUCGGCGGACGAGUGGCGCAAGCGUUUGUGAGCGCCCGCUUCUGGGGGCAAGAUCAGAGGAAUUGGAGGAUAGCGAUAGCAAAGACUUUAGCAAUAAACGCCACCUCGGCCUGUUCUCGACGGCCCUACUCCUGACCAACCGCAUGAUCGGCGCCGCCAUUUUCUCCGUACCAUCUUCCAUCUUUCUCAGCGUCGGCAGUGUGGGCGCGGCACUUUCGCUAUGGGUGGUGGGGAUCCUCCUUACCUUCUGCGGGUUUUACAUCUACUUGGAGCUGGGGUGUUUGAUGCCGCGUACCGGUGGGGAGAAAGUGUACUUUGACACGGCAUAUCCUCGGCCGUACCGUCUCGCUAGCACGCUUUACGCCUUCUACGUGGUAUUUGGAUUCCCGGGCAUGGCGAGUAUAGUAGUCGCAGAUAACACCCUCCUGGCCUUCAAUAUCGUUCCUAGUGAGAUUGUGCAGCGAUUAGCCGCGGUUGGAAUAAUGGCCUUGGUCGCAGCAUGCCUCUCGAUAUCCCGUGAAUGGAGCGUACGAAUUGUCAACUCGUUAAGUUUACUAAAGCUUGCGACUUUCCUGUUGAUUCUUGCAACCGCGUUUGCCAUUGUCGUGGGAGUGCUCCCAAACAAUGUCGAUACCGGUUCCAACUUUCGCCAGCCAUUCGCUGGUUCUUCGACCACGGUAUAUGAUUAUACUGUCUCACUGUUCAAAGUGCUAGAAUCUUUCCUAGGGUGGAACAGUGCAGGCAUGGUGUUGGGGGAGGUCAAGAACCCACAGAGGACCCUCAAGGUGGCCGGCCUGCUCGGGGUCGGUUCAGUUGGCAUACUCUAUUUGUUGAUCAAUGUCUCUUAUUUUAUCGUUGCUACACCGGAUGAUAUUAGCCGAGCUGGUGUACAGCUCGUCGCCCGUCUACUGGGCAACCUAUUCGGGAGCGCAGCCUCGCGUGUCACUGCUGCUAUGGUCGCUCUCUCUACCUUUGGCAGUAUGAUCUCAACGGCAUUCGCAGUUACCCGGGUGAUCCGGGAGCUCGCACUGGAAGGAAUCAUUCCUGCGGCUGGCAUUCUCUCCAAAAUGUCCAAGUCCGGUAACCCAGCCAGCGCGACAUCGGUGUUUAUGUUCGGACCUUCGGUAGUGGCAGUCUUACUCUUGCCCUUUGGGGAUGCCUAUGCUUUUCUACUGGAUGUGAACCAAUAUUUUCUAGUGAUGGUAUACGGUGCUAUCGUGGUAGCUCUCUUCAUCAUUCGACGACACGUCCCAUCUGCCCAGUACCCAUUCCGCGUGUGGACGUGGGUUCCAUAUCUCUUUCUGGCUUGCCAAGUGUUCCUACUGCUGUCCCCUCUUGUAUCUCCUAGCGGGGCUGGGGAUACCAAUUUGCCGUUCUGGCUUGCCCCAGCUGUUUCGUUCCUGGUGAUCGGACUCGGUGUUAUGUACUGGAGACUGAAGUCGUUCGUCGCCCCUGUAGGGGAGGAGCCGAUCUGGACUCGUCGCGAUAAUCUUCAGUCAUAUCGUUCCGUGGCCGCGUCAUAA